UUAUCUUACUCAUACGUGCUCCUCCUCUGCAUUUGCCACUUCAAUCGCAAAAAAUAUUCUUUUUAGUCUCCUACACACUCACACUCCAGUUAUCCCAUUCUCUCUUUCUCUCUUCCUCCCUCUUUCUGGUGCACACACCCCCUCCUCCCUGUGUCAGUGCAAAGUAGAGCAAGAGCAAGGAGCCACUCGUUCAUUUUUUUCCUGUCUUGUUCUGGCUUCUUUUGGCUGCAUGAGAGAAUAGGAGGCUAUUUUUUUUUUUUUUUUAUUGUUUUUAUUGUCUCUUAUCUUCUCGGGUCUGUCUGUCCUAUGACGGGUUAAAGACAAGAGCUACAGGAGGAAAAGGAAGAAAUACAGAGUCAGACAGAAGCAGGACACUGUCUCUCUCUUGUUCUGUCAUAGAACAAGGGGCUGAGGAAAAACAGGGGUUUCAGCUGGGAGAGGGGAACCGGAGAAGAGGAAAGGAGGCGCCAUGGGUCAGCUCUGCUGCUUCCCUUUCUCCCAAGCAGAGGAGAAAAUCAGUGGACGUCGCCGCUCAGAGCCUGACGAGGCUGAGCUGCUGAGGGUCAGCAGGAGAUUGGUGGAGGAUGCUGUCAGCCGGGCCUUGCAACAAUAUAAACAGGAAACACUUCAAAACGGGGGCGGGCCCAACGCCGCCGCGGUCCAGCCGCCUGGAAAUACAGCGGAGACGAAGACGGACACUACAGCUAACUCCUCCACGGACAACCGGAAGUGACAGCUUUGAACAGACACACAGACUUUCAACAACCAAACGGCCCAGAAAGCAUCAGUCGGCCUGGCUGAGGAGGGGGAGGAGUCAAUAAGACCUGCGCUCAACAGCACACCCCCCCACCUGCGCUAGCUGGGCAAAGUGCUGAAUAAUUAGUUAUUAUAGCUUCACUUCUGUGCUUGGUAACACCUAAUUCUCCGUUAUCCAGACCUGGACGUAUGUCCUGGAAAUAUAUGAAGCGUUCUUCUAAACAUGUGCUUCACUAUGAGCUGCCGAAACACACACUGCCCAUUCAGAGUAGAGGUGGUUAUAUUUUGUAGAAGAGCUUGGUUAGCCUUCAGCUGCACUUAACAUGAGCUCAGUAAUGUCCUUAAAAUCAGCUGCAGGUGCGGACCUUUGUUUGAAUGCUCUUCUCCUCGAUGAAUCAUCUGCUCAUCACUGUGUGGCCUGAGCUGCUCUGACUCACCGAGGCGGAUUCUUCCACCUUGAUUCCUGGUUCAGAGUGUUGGACUUUUGUCCUUAAAAGCUUUUGUUAACCGGAUGUUCGUCUUCAGGACAUGGAUUUCCUUUAACCUUCCAGCAUUUUAUCUCUUUUUUUUUUUUUUCAGAUGUCUGCCUCCAGCAGGUCAAGUGUUGCAUUAGCUACGCGUCCCUCUCUGAGACAAUCAAACGCCGCCACUCCUGAUCGCAGGUUUUAAAGCCGGGCUGGACUCCAGCGUUCGACCCACAAACAUCCUUCUUCCACGCAGUGCUUUAGAAUAACAGAUUACUACCAAUAACACUAACUCCACAGAGUCCAGGAGGGAUGGAGGCGGAUUGAAUGCUAGAAAAUAAUACAAUGACUUGUUGCCAAGAACACAUCGUACUUGAUUGAUGCCAAAACUGACACCAUUGUAUUGUUUUCCUCUCUAUUGUCUGUUUUUUUUUUUGAAAGUGUGAAAUGACUUUUAAAGACCCGAAGCAGAUUAUUUAUUUAAUGUCUGCCAUUUAAAACCUGAGGCAAACUGUCGGUCAGAGACACGCUGGAGUCUGGCUGUUUGAGGCUCCUUGUUUUUCUGUUUUUGAAUCCGGAUGUGCUGUUAGACAAAAGCUCGUAGUUUCCUUCCUUUAAGAAGUUUUUUAUUUUAUUUUCUUGCGUUGUUUGUGGCAGUUUGUUUAACUAAUUCAUGCCAUUGAAAAAUAAAUACUUAGUUGGACGAAAUCAAAGGAGAUUGGAUUUUCCAGAAGGCUUGAUGAGGUUAUAAAUAGUGAAGGAUGAUACAAAGAUAAACAGAUUAAUUUAUAUUUGCCUCAGUACUGAAGCUGAAUCUGUUCUCUGAUUGUGAAACAUGAUGUUCAAAGUAUAUAUCUAUUUAAGUUAAUUAGCUAACAGUGUGAUUUGAUUUUUGAAAUCCUUAAAAGCACAAAUUUUUCUUUUAGCUGUUUUUGAUUGCAGAUUUGAUGAGGAACUAUAUGCUGUUAGAUUCACCUCACCUUUGCUCAAAGUGGCCUUCUGUCACUGAAGCAACUUUUUUGUGAUUAUAGUUUUGUCACUUGGCGUGGUAAUCUGUAGGAGACAUUUUUAACCGGGGUGAAGAGAUCUCCUAACUGUCAACCUUUGGGUAAAGAUUUUGUAGUAAAAUGAAAAGAAAAAACAUUUGUGCUAUUUUUAAGUUUUUUCUCUUCUGAUGCGGACGGCUUUGAGCUGUAAAACCAACCGUCACUGUGGGCAGCAGCUAACCUAGUCUUAUUGUGGACUUUUUAAGGCUUUUUUGUUGUUGGUUUUGAUCUUUUGCUGUCACCGGAUCCUUAAAUCUCCACGAUAAAUCCCCUUUAAUACACAAGUCGUCCGGUUGGCCUCUCUGACCGUUCAUCUGUCUGUGAGUUUGCGAGUGUAACUGUGUGUUUUUCGCUCAGAUUGUUUCCACAGGGUGUUUGAUCAGCGGAUUUCCUCAGAAACUCCUCUCUAUAUCUAUCAUGACAGCAUUUGGUGGUGUGUGAGCAACGAAUGAGCCUUUUGUUUGUCUUUCCAUGUAUCCACAUGUAUGUUGGGUCAUGUGAGCGUGUGCUCUUUGUACCGUGUGUGGUGUAUUUUGUUCUGCCAUGUCCGAACAAUAAAUCAGGAUAUGAGAUUUAAAACCAAUAUCCAUCUCUGUGUCUCCUUGG